AUGAGCAAAGAACCGUCGAGAGCUAACAAAAGACUGGGCUCAUCGCCGACGCAAUCAGAGUCUGGGUCGCAAGUCGAAGAACGAGCUUCCAAGAAACAAUUUGUAGAAGUGCCACAGGAGGAAUACGAUAGACUUCUCUUGGCCGAGAAGGAAAUGAAGGAGCUACAGAAGCGUCUAAAGGAAGCAGAAGAAAGGAGAAAGGAAGCAGAAGAAAGGAGAAAGGAAGUAGAAGAAAAAUACAAGGCCCUCGAGGCCCUCGAGACUGGCGAGUAUUACACGUCAUACAAUGACCUUUGGGAUAUAAAUCUCGUAGAAUGCAAACCAGAUCAUCUUGACGCCUUGACAAGAACAAAGCCCCCAAGCAUUGAACGGAAUGGUAUAAAAUACUAUCAGCGCACUCUUGAGCUUGCAUCCGACGAAACAGGCGACUAUGUCGUCGCUGAACAACGAGAAGAUGCGCGCAGCGAAGAGUCAUCUAGUGGUUCGGACACCAAGGCUGACACCUGGCCCUUUGACGUUUUGGCUUCCACUCUCGGCGAGGACGGAAUGCUUCCGCUUCAUCAAAUCUCUGGCAGUCAUGUUGUCAUGUUGCACACCUCGUACCAGCUGGGAAAGUUUCUGCGUCACUGCAUACCUAUGUGGCACCGAUGGUGUUUGGGUUGA